AUGGGCUUCGAAAGGGCUGCCAUGAACGCCGUGCGCAGCGUUUUCUCAUCCGAUACGAGGAUGGAUGGCUGUUUCUUCCACCUCGUGAAGAACAUCAAGCUCAAGCUGGCGGGAGAUGGGCUUAUGAGUCGGUAUAGUAAUGACGACGAAUUCGCGCUCAACGCGAGGAUGAUCGCGGCCUUGGCUUUCGUUCCACCGGCCGAGCUGAAUAACGCGAUCUCCGAGCUCGCAGCACUUCUUCCGCCGGAGCUCGUCACCGUUCUCAAUUACUUCGAGGACGUAUACCUCGGGAGAUUGAACAGAGUCACCCCCGAAGGAGUGAUAGAGAGACGGGAGCCACUGUUCCCGGUAGACAUGUGGUCAGUCUUCCAACGAACGCUCGACGGCGAAGCGCGUACAAACAACUACGCGGAAGCCGCUCAUCGACGCAUGCAGCUUGAGUUCGGGGUCAGCCACCCGACGCUGUGGAAGUUCAUCGACGGCUUGAGGAGGAUACAGAAAAAUCGAGACUUCCAGCUCGAGCAAUUCCUCGGAGUCGCUCCAAGUUCAAAGAAGCGCAAUAAGUAUGCGGAGGCCGACAGGAGGAUUUUAGAAAUCGUGCGGGACGUUUCGAACAGGACUCACGUGGAGUAUUUGCGCGGCAUCGCGCACAACUUCUUCAUGGAGUCGUAA